AUGCGCUCGUCCUCACCGGAAACGAACGCACGCAAGGCAGCUGUUGCGACGUUCUCUGGGCCGUCGAGUGCGCCGCUCACACGGCUGCAAAAACGUUUUUCGAGCCAUGCCGCGUCUGCCGGAAGGGAGAAGGCUGCCGCACUGCCGGCCGGCAUCGCGGCCGCGGUUGUAGGCGCCUCAGCGCCUUUCGCAGCGACUGGCAGCUCGUCGCGAAAGCGGUCCGCCUCCAAGGUUGGUCUUGCUCUGCAUCAACCAGCGAAUGCGAAGGGCGACAGCGCCGCGCGAGUGCCGCCGACGCACCGGCAGGCAAACAAGUGGAAUGCUGACACCGCCCCCCUCGACGCCCUCUCCACACGGCAGAGCCCACACGCAGCCCCGGCGCGUUCGCCGAGUUUUCCAUUUGAUGUAUAUCCUACCCAGAUCUUCUUUGAUUCAUUCGAGGCGAAUCGAACGUACACGGCAACACUGGAGUUGAGAAACCACACAGCGGCAAACACGCACGUGCGCGUGGACCGCCCAAGCUCCUGCAGCGGUUUCGAGUUAUCGGCGCCGCACGGGGCCGAGUCGUCGUCGAAGGUGGCCCCCGGUCUCUCCGUCAUCUACACAGUAGUCUUCAGCCCGACUAGCAACGUCAAGGACUACGAGACGAAGCUUGUCGUGCGAGCCGAGAGCGGCGAGGCGAUCACGGUUCCGGUGCUGGCGUACGCCAGUCGUGGUCAGCUGCAGCUUCCUGCGGCGCUCACGCUGCGUGAGGCGCCUGUAAAGGGUACCAGCUGCACGCCUCUGUUCCUCCGGAACACGAGCAAGCAGAGCUGCGCGUGGCGGGCGAUGGCCUUCGACGUCAGCAGCGUCGCGCCUGAGGCGAUGGUCAAAGACGCAUCAUACCCGCCAUCUUCACACUUCUCCAUCACGCCCAGCCACGGCGUGGUCGAGCCCCUCUGCGGAGGUGGCGAUGGGACGGCAGUGGCGGUGGCCCCCGUUACUCUGCACUUCCAUCCUCACCCAAACAUGGCUGCUGCCGGCACGUGCGGGGGGGUGCUGCGCUUUUUUCUUGGCCCAGAAGGAGACGUCGUGCAGGACGUGCGGCUGUCUGCGCAGGCGGUGGAGCUGACCGGCAUAGCGCUGGAGCAGACUGAGGUGAUGUUGGCGGACACCUACGUGACGGCGGAGCGGCAGGCAGUGGUGCGCUUGCGCAACGACUCGGACAAUACCGUGCACUUUGCGUGGAAGAGCUCGUACCGCGGCUGCCGCGUGAGUGACGGCGAUGACGAUGGAAGUGUAGCUGGUGAUGACGCGGAAUUCGGUGGCGACGGCGCCGCCUCGGGUGGCAUGACUGGAAGCUGCACAGAGAAGAGAAAGAGCGAUCUGACCGCCACCGCCGGCGGCAGCGUGUACAGCGGCAGUAGCGGCGGCGACGGUCGCCAGCAUCAGCCGCAUCAGCGCUUUCACGACCACAGCACCAUGCGGGAUGACUAUACAGGCGAUGAGGCGUUCCGCAUUGAGCCGCUGUCGGGCAUUCUUUACGGUCAUGGCGUGCGCGAGUUUACCAUCACGUUCAACCCCAGCGUUGCCGUCCUGUAUGAAUCCAUGGCAUUCCUGGAUGUGACUGGGCUGGAGAACCGUCUUCCCCUCACACUGCGGGGCCACGGUCUCGGCCCGCAGUGUACCCUCGAGUACAGCCGGCUCGAGAUUGGCGAUGUCUACUUGAACGCGCUGCACGAGUACGAAGUGAGCAUGGAGAACAUUUCUUCCAUCGAGUGCCAGUACGUAAUCAUGCCGCCACUACCAGUCCUCUCAGCCAGCGCCGCUGCUGCGACCUCAGCGGAGCCAGCUGCCUCAACGUCGCUGACGGACUUCUCCAGCAAGUUCCGAUUCACGCCGUCUCACGGCACCCUCGGCCCUGGUGAGAUUGUAAAACUGCGCAUCGAGCUGCAGUCGGACCGCAUCGGCUGCUUCUCUGAGGUGUUUCGCGUGCACAUGCAGGGGGCUGUCGAGGAGGUACCUCUGCUGCUAAAGGGACGUGUGCUGGGCCCACACUUCCAGUGCAGCGUUGAGGAACUCGUCUUUGGCAACGUCUCGUACAACAUGACACAUCAGCGCACCAUGCAGAUUACAAACACGAGUCCGAUUCCCAUGCACUAUACGCUGCGCAUGCCGGACGAGUGCACGUACGCAGACGAUUUGAGCAUUUCGCCCGCCACCGGCGUCAUCGCACCGAUGGCGACGCAGACGGUAACCGUCACGCUCCACUCGUGUACUGUAGGCGACUACGACACAGCGCUGCUGGUCGAGGUUGCCGACGUGGGCGAUGUACUAGAGGCUAUUCCGCUCAGGGCUACAUGUAUGGUGCCACCCCUCUUCACGAACGCGACGGAGCUCUCUUUCGGCGGUGUCUUUGUCGGGUACCCCUCCACGCUGAACGUGGCGGUGCUGAACAACUCCGCUCUGACGGGCAUGUUCGAGCUCGUGCUGGUCGGCGGCGGCGCUUUAUCUGAUGUCGUAUCGGUGGAGCUGCCGGUGUCGACGGAGCACGAGGACGGCGUGCACUGGAUCUCGCCACACCAGACGAUGCAGAUGCCCGUGACCAUGACGGCACUUCGACCCGGCAAGCUGCACUUCUCCAUAGCCUUGCGUGUGCUGGGCAUGGACUCCGCUGCGGCCCCUUCGCAGACAAUUCUUGUGAGCGCGGUGGCGAGUGGAAAGCACGUGGAGAUGCAGCCGAGCACAUUCCAGUUCGGCACUGUCGACGUCCUGCGCGCAGAGGUAAAGGAGCUGACGCUGAAGAACACGAGUCCCGUGCCGGCGCCGUUCUCGCUCGUGUUCGACCGCUACGGUGGCCUCCCUGCCACCGCCUCUUCUGCCGCUGCUGCUCGUGUCGCGGCUGAGGCGACCCUGCCCUUCCCUCGCGUACCAGUGUUCACGGUGGAGCCGGCCGACGGCGUGCUGGAGCCGCACAGCACGCUCACGGUCCGCAUCCGUGCGAAGCCGGAUGAGGCGAUGGUGUUUAGCGAUACUCUGCGGCUGUGCCACUCACCGGCGUCGCACAGCGCCACGGCCGCUGAAGAGACGGCGGUGGCGGCAGGGAACAAGCCAACUGUGACGGUCAAGGUUACAGGCAAAGGGAUCCCUGUCGUACCGGAGCGGCCGGUCGCCGACGUGAAGCUCGGCGAUGUGUUGACAACCGCACUGGUGGCGGAGACGAUUACGCUGCACAACUACGGGCGUCGUGAGCAGGAAGUGCAGUGGCAGAACACACACAGCGCAAAGAUGAAGGAGAGGGACCUGCCGCCAGCCUUUAGCUACAAGCCCGAGCGUGCCUUCAUCCCGGCUGGCGGGGCACUGACGUUCUCCUUGUCCGGCGGGUCAGACGAGCCAGGUGUGCGUACGGAAACCUUCACUCUGAAGCAGUCUGGUACCUUCAAGGAGAUACUACGCAGUGCUGUCUCGGCCACCUUCACGGUGCCGACGUUGUCGUGCAGCACUCGCGCCAUUCACUUCGACUUCGCAAACACAGAGCAGCUGCAGGCGCUUGAUGCCCCCUCUGCGGCCUCCUUGGUCAAGUCUCUGACGAUUAAGAACAUUACCAGCAAGACGCUCGUUGUCUCGCUCCGCAUCCGGCAUGCGGCCACCGCGUCGUCGUCGUCGCCGUCACCGCCGCCGUUGGGGGCGUCCUCGGCUGCAGCAAGCGGGGUGCCUUUUGAGCUCGAGGGGCCGUCGACCAUCACCUUUGCCCCUGGCGACUCGUACGUUGUCGGUGUCCGCUGUAACCCCCUCUACCGUCGCGACUUCACGUCGCACACAACGAAGGGGAUGGUUCAGUUCAGUUUGGCGCAUCAUGCCCGCAAGGAGCACGUCAGCCUCAGCGCGACGCUGCGCUUCCCCGCGCUUGUAAUGAACCCGCCGGCGCGACUGGAGUUCGGCUCCGUUCUCCGCAACACGCAAAAGCGACGUGCGAUGGUGCUGUCGAACCCCUCUGCGGACCUACCGGCGCGCUUUGAGUGGGUGUUGCAGCCGCAGCCCGCCAACAGUGCAACCGCCGCCCCGAAGACGCCAGCGGAGGCGCAGUACACUGGGGACAAGAGUGCACCUCUCAUCAUCAAGGCGGGAGAUGAGGCCGCCACGGCCGCGGUGAGGUGCUUUGACAUUGUCCCUUACACUGGAAUGCUGCUGCCGGGAGAGUCACGGAGCAUCGAUGUGACCUACCAGGGAGCAGAGUGUGGGACAGCACUGGCGACGGCUGUGUGCCGAGUGCACGGUGGUCCGACCUACACAGUCGAAAUGCAUGCAACCUCGAGCGUUGUCCAGGCGCGUUGCGACAGAACGGAGAUCAACUUUGGUCGACUCCCGUUCUACGAGUCUGCCACGCAGUCCGUGAUGCUGUCGAACAGUACCCUCGUCCCCGUCACCUGGGAUGUCGACCUGCGCAGUAUGCGCCACCCCGAGUGCGUGCAUGUGUCGCCCGUGUCUGGCGAGCUGCGAGACAAGGCUCGACUGCUCAUCACUUUCACGCCGACGGUGCCAGACGCCUUCGAGGAGACGCUGUGGGUGCGCAUCGGGCACCUCGAUCCGCAGCCGAUCCGCCUGUGCGGCUCGGGGUACAUGAACCGGCUGAUGAUAGCAACGACGAGCCCCACGGCGUCGGCCGUGGAGAACGAGGUAGUUGUGUACCGAGCACCGUUCAGCGCCUUCACGGAGGCUCUGCAGUACGUGGAAUCGCGGCUAGGGUCGUCGCAGCUAGGGUCGUCGCAGCUGCGCAGCGUGUAUGCGUCGCGAUCGGUGACCCCGCUGACCACGACCCUCGCAACAGCAGCGUCAGCUAGUGCGUCCGCGUCAAACGCGCCGGCACUCCCGACAUUGGUGCAAAGGGAAUGGCCGACGCUGGAGGCGGAGCGGCUGGCGUUCUGCCGCGCCGUAUGCGAGGCCCAGGCGUCGGAGCACAGCUGCAGCGUCAGCCCCAAUGGCGCCAUUGACCCACCACUCUUCUUGGCGCCACACGCGCUUCGCCGAAAAUCCGUGACGGCUGUGGGCAGCAGCGAUGGCACCGGCGCCGGCACCCACAAGCUCGUCCUCGCGCGCUACAUUGUCGACUUUGGCCACCUCACCCGGCACGACAUGCGCAAGAUGACGCUGAGGCUAACGAACCCGUCGGCCACGGAGGUGGUGAGCGCGAUGCUGGACAGCAAGGAGCUCGAGCACCUGCCCGUCUCGGCGGUUCCUAUGAAGGGAAUCAAGGUAGGCCCGCUGGAGACGACGACGCUGACGUUGGUCAUGGACGCCACAAAGCCGGAGAGCCUCGUGCGCCAUGGACAAAACCGUUACGAGUUUGCCAUCGACGUGAAGCAUGGCCCAGCCAUUGUGGUGGAGUGUCGCUGCUACGUCGCCACCCCGACUCUCCGCACUGCUGAGAAGGAAGUGCGCUUUGGGCCAGUGUUGCUGGGAAAGGUCAAGGUACUACCAUUGGUCCUGACGAAUCCGGAAGCGGUGUCGUGUCCGUGGCGAGUCACGUGUAAGGAAGGGGCUUCGUCGGAUAUUACAGCGUCUGCGGCGUCGAGGGGGCACUGGCUGCGCGACGGGCAGAGUUACACACCUGCCGGGCUCGUCGCCGGUGAGCCCCGCGGCUCUAUCCGGUCCCGGCGAGCUGCGCCAGCGUCUCAGUUUUGGGUGAAGAAGGAUCAUGGCGUCGUCGAGGCGUCUGGCACCACCACAAUCGCGGUGUACUUUGCCCCCAAUCGCAUUGCUGCUGAGGACGGCAUGGGCGCCAGCGAGGAUCGCGGCAGCGCUCCAGCCACGGCUACGCUGCGCUUCCGCUGUGGUAAGGGGCCCGCCGAAAGUGUUCUCACCGUGAAGCUCAUCGGUAGUGCCUUCCAGUACAAGGUCAGCCUUUCCACAACGCAGCUUCAGUUACCGGUGGUACGCCCCCACCAGGUGGUACACGAGGCUGUGACGCUGACGAACAACGAGGAGCACCCUGUGGAGGUGUAUAGCCUGGAUCUCGACACACAGCACACGCAUGAGAUAAAGCUGCUGCGUCGCGCAAUGGAGGUGAACCCGGAUCACGAGAUAUUCUUGCCCCACCUAGAGGCAGGCUCUCGCCUACCGGAUGCGCUACUAGAGUCCAUCUUCGCCCGCCUGCAUGCCGCCUCCGAUUCGCUGAAGGAGGCGCUGCCAGCGGUCGACUUGGAAGCCGCUGAGGGGGUGCUCGCGGGUGCACCGGCGGCCGCCUGCAAGGGCGCAAAAACAUCGCGGGGGCAGUCCGUGUCUGCUGUGUCUCGCACCUCCAGCUCCAACUCCAAAGGGGGGCGGCGGGAGAAGGGCAAGAGCGGUCAUCGAUCGACAGCGGUUGCGUCUGGCGGUAUCGAGAAAGGCCUCGACAGCGAUCCGGCGGCGGCCGAUGGUAUUGCAGACCAGAAUCAAGGGGCUAUCGACGGCUGUACCGCGGUGAGCGUGGCGAAGCCAAACGUUGUCCUCCUCGUCGGCCCUCCGUGCAGUGGAAAGACCACUUUGGCAAGGCAGAUGACUGAGUGGGCGGAUGCGGGCAGCGUGAUCCGCGUGGACGUCGAUGAGGUCAUCCGGCGUGAGGCGGACCGCGACGAAACGGCGAACGGGGCGGUGGCUCGCUUCCUCCUUUCGCAACUGGCAGACAGGCCGCAGAAGUCCGUGCCCGUCACUGCCGAUGGUGCCGCCGCCACGGGCGACGCAGUGGCUGCGUCAUACAUCGCGUGCGCACCGAAGCUUGUGCGUGACGCUCUUGAGGGACAUCUGAGCCGGUGCAUCACCAACCAUGCAACGUCCUCGGCAGCUGGUGCUGCUUCCCUUGCUGAAUCAAGGGACUCUGCUGCAUCAAGGCCUGAAAAGCUUCUCCUCCUGUUUGACGGACUGGGCUGCGCCGUACUGCAGAACCCGUGGCGGCUCUUUGAGCUGCUCAAAGAGGCCUGCGAUGCCCUGUGCAUCCCUCUGCAGAUCGUUUCAUUGGCUGUCAGCACCCCCAUGUCCGGCGUGCGGAGGGCCGAGGCACUGGAGGCGCACCACGCGGCGCGGGCCACAGCCGCAUCCCUUACCUUGUUGAGCGAGGCAGCGUUCGAGGCGCUUGACAAGGAGGCUCGCGAGGACUACACGCGCCGCCUCAAACAUUUCAAUGACUGCCGUCGAGAUCUGAGAGCUGCCCAGCAACUCAAGCGAAACUACAUGGCGCAGCUGCCCCACAAGACCGUGCAGCAGGAGGCGGAGGAGGCCUUCACACAGGCGCAGAUGGAUUUGCAGCAGGCGUUGGCGCUGGAGUCCACGAUGAGGUCGGCACGCAAAGGGAAGGCAGUAGCCGGUGCCGGCCGCGGUGCUGCUCUAGCGGCGGAUGGGGCAAAGAAGCUGCAGGAGCCCAAAUGGGCCGAUCUCGACGCCGCCACGCAGUUUCGUGAGUGGUACACGCGCUUCCUCACCAAGUACGGCACCCCACCAAAGCCCGAGGGCGGAGACGACAGUGUCAUUGGCGCGGCGCCCGUGCGUGCCGGCGCUGUAGGGCCGCCGUUAAAGGGUGCCGCUGCUGUUGCUGCGGCUGCUGCGGCGGAGGAGAGGGCGAACUGCUGGGCUGCUGUGCUGCGCGUUUCUGCAGAGACGGAAACCCCUAGUGAAGUUGCGAGGGUGGUGGAGUUACAGCUGGCCCAGGGCGACACCGAGACAAGCUCAGACACCGGUGCUGCAGCAAUCAUGCUGGCAGUGCCGACCCUGUCGCCUCCGUCGACAACGGUUGCCCUCGCCCCGUCUUCCUCCGUUGCCUCCGGUGAAGGACAGCUCUCCGUGAGCGCUAGGGAGACGGACACUCCCCCUGCUGCUUCCUCCACGGCCGCAGCUGUAGAGUCCUCGAACUCGCCUGCAACUGCAGCCGCAGCGGCGGCGACGAGUAUGAUUGGCGAGUGGUUCUACCUGAACAAGCGCCGUCUGCGUUUCUGGGGCAACGAGGCUAUCGGCGGCUCACGCGGUGUCGCCAGCGUGGUUGGACGGCCGUCUUCGGGGGAGGAGGUGCUUGCGGCCAAGGCAAGGACAGCAGUGGCAAGCGUUGCAGGAGCCGCCGAGACCCACGCGCCGCUUGAAGCUGCUGGUUCGCCUUCCGCCAUGGACGCAUUCCAUGCCGAAUCUGCCGCGGCGACCAAGGCAGCCCGUUACGUGCACUUCUUCUCGACGCUGGAACGUGAGGUCAUUCCAGCAAAGAAGAGCUGCGGCCGCGGCAAGACGGUCCCGGGAGUGGUUCAGCAGGAGGAGGAGCUGACACGCUGGUGGCUGCCACCGAAGUCGUCGGUCACGCUGACGCUCGAGUUCUGCGGCGACCACGUCGGCCCCUACACGGAAAAGUGCCUCUUUGGCGUGGUUGGCACGCUGCAGCAGCUGGGCCUCACAGUGUCCACCACGGUGGCUCUGUCCGACAUCAGCCGAGACCCCAAGGACAUCUUCCCCGUCAUAAAGGCCCGCGGAAUGUCAAUCAGCGGCGGCGUCGAGUCGGGCCAACGAGUGUCCAAGGUGUACAUACCCUCCAGGAAGCUUUUCGACUUUGGGCCGCUGCUCAUUCCGCCGCCGCCGGUGCCGAGGAGCCGCCGCCGCAGCAUCGAGAAGGCUGGCACGGGCUCGUCCUCGUCGACGGCCGGGUCGGGUCGCGGCGGCAACGCGGGUGGAGGCAACUAUGCCCACACCAGCAAGGCGCCACUCCAAUACGAUAACACGCUUGGUGAGGAGACGCUUACGUUUGUGAACCGCGAGGCCAGUGAGGCGGAGGUGACGCUGUCGUUCCUCAACGAGAAAGAGAAGACGUUUGUGGUAACCCCGACCAGCUUCGUGCUAAAGCCUGGUACCUCACAGCUGGUCAGCCUGCGUGCGACGCCAGAAAAGGUGGGCGACUUUACGAACACGCUGCUGGCGUGCAUCAAGGACAACCCGCUUCCCUGGAGGACGGAGGUGACGUGCACGGGGGCGCGGCCGACGCUGACGGUCAACGGGUGCAAGGAUCUCGAGGUGAACUUCGGACGGCUCGUGCUGAAUCGCAGCGUGACGAAGUCCUUUUCGCUCGUCAACGAAGGACCGCUGCCGCUACAGUGGAGGCUGGUGCCGGUUCUGGAUGGCGCGACAACCCGCGGCCCCGGGGGCGGUGGUAGCGGAGUAGGGAGUGCCCCAUCCGGCGCAGCGGCAGCGGCGGCUGCCCAGCUGCCUGCAGAGCUGCAGUGUUCCGCGCUGGAGGGUGUCAUCGAGGAGGGCGGCGCAUACACGCUGAACAUGACCUUCGCACCAACGCACCCCUGCCUCUACACGCGCAGCAUGCUGUUCACGGUGUCCUACCCAGGCCAUCCCCAUCAGGUCCUGUACGAGUCUUUGCCGAUGAUUAUAAAGGCGGAGGGCUACGACGUCGUGCUGGAGUGGACACGCGAGAUUCAGCUCGGUGUGUUGCACGUCGGAGAAGAGAAACACGAUACGAUUCGCAUUCUCAACAAGAGCCCGUACGAGGUGGGCUAUCAGCUAAAGCUGCCGAAACGGCUGCAGAAGUCCGUGACACUCUCCAGCCCGUCCGGCACGCUGCGGGGCAUGGUCGGCUUCAAGGACGCGGCCGUCGUCAACAUCGACGUUGUGGCUCGCCUGGAGAAGGAGGGCGAGCUGCCUGCGAAGCUGUCCCUAAUCGAGGUGGCGUUCUUCGACGUCGAAAAGAAGGAGCUGCUGUACCCCGUGCAGAGCAUUCCGGUCACCGGGGAGGCGUGGUACACCAAGUACGCGGUGCAGCCGCCGAGCGUGAGCUUCGGCUCCUGUCUCAUUGGCCAGCCACGAGAGAGCACAUUUGAGCUGCGCAACACAGGAGUGUUCCCUCUGGAGUACGUGCUCUUCAACUACCGCGAUGCCGCUGCGGAGGGGAGCGUGAACGAGAACGUCGCCGACGCGUCUACUGCGGGGGGUGCGGCGGUGGCGGCAGCACCUGCCCUGCAUGCUCCCUCCGCCGGCGCCAAGAAUCAGAUCAAGGCUGCAAAGGGGAGCGAGAUGGAUAUCAUUGUUGGCGCCUUCAAGUGCUGUCCGUGUCGAGGGAUCAUCCCGGUUGGUAGCGCGCAGAUCAUCACCGUUUCGACAGUCCCUCGAAAGCAGAGCCGCACCCAAGAGACGAUCGGUGUGCGAGUCGUGCAGAGCGGCCCCGAGCUGGAGCACUAUGGCACCCCAGUCGAGGUAUCCGCAUACCCGGCGUUGCCGUCGAUCGCCGCAGACCUCACCUCCAGCGCCGACGUCGAAACUAUCUUCGAGGAGCAGCGCGUCGUGUACCGCUUAGAUCAGCUGGCGAAGGGCGUGUGCGCAUACAGCAAGGAGGAGCGGGUCUUUUCCUUUGGCACGACUCUUGUGGGGCGGCGCAGCGAGGAGCGCUUUCGCAUUGCCAACAGCAGCCCGCUUCCGUGCACCGUCGUGGCGCAUCUCGAGGGCGCCUCUGUGACCGGGGCCAGCGGGAACAGCGGCGGUGGUAACGCGGCUCGCGGAAACGCAAGCGCCGCGAGCAGCGGGAACAAGCUUGUCACAGGUGGCGGUGGUGGCGGCGCCAGCGCUGCAGCGGGUGGGGCGGGCAAGAUGGAGGGGUUUGAUCUGUCCUUGGACGGUAGCGGGGCAUCCCCGGCGCAGACGAGAAUGAUGACGGUCAAGAUGGUUUUGCCGCCGUAUGAGAGUCGUUUUCUCACCAUCGGCUUCACCCCCGGCUCGCUGCGCCGCUUCCAAGCCCAGAUUGUCGCCGUGGCCGAGAACGCCGCCAUCUCAAGCGAUGACAUGGCGGAGGUUGGCCAGGAGCUGCGCUUUGGUCUGUGCGGCGAGGGCACCCUGCCCAGCGUGGAGGUCGAAGUGCCCCCGCGCUUGUCGUCGUCCGCGGUGCCGUGGGGCAGCAGUGGCGGCAGAAAGUCGUCUGGAGCGUGCGCGGGAUCGGUGGAGCGCGUGCAUCGCCGCACCGAAAGCGGCGGCAGUAGCAGCAGCAACGAGCGCAAGCGAGGCCUGCGCCGCAGCGGCGGUGGCUCAGGUGGUAGCACCUCUCCGUCAGUGUACGGGAGCACCGACGGCUACACGACUAGUUCCGGCGUUGCAGAGGUGCUGGAGCUGCCCUUGGCGCGUGUAGGUGCCGUAGCGUCGCGCAGCUUUACGCUACGAAAUAUAGGAUGCGUGACGGCCAAGGUGCAACUCGAGCUGAUGACGCCAGGAGGGGAUGGCUAUGGUACACCGAACUCCGCCUUGAAAAUCACCACCAGAGGCGGCACUGGUGGCACCGCCGUAAAGAAGCAGCGCGGUGCCUUGGCACAACACAGGGUCGAGCUGUUUGUGCCUGCUGGCCAGUCUGAGGUCGUUGAGUUGACGUACGCGCCGACGCAGGUGGAGACGACGAUGACGCGGAUGCGUGUCUUGCUGCGGGACAACCCAUUUGAGGAGAAAGAGGUGCACAUCCUUGCCUACAGCUUCGACAGCCCCAUCUCCUUCGAGGGCAUUGACCCGUCUAGCCCAGACCACUACGACAUUGGGGACUGCUGGAUUGGUGUUGACAAGAGCUGCACCUUCACCGUGCGAAACAACACAAACUCGCUGGUGCGCUAUGAUUGGCAGUACCCUGACGCCGUUGUGCGCAUGGUGCCCUCGGUCGGCCACCUCAGCGCGGGUGCCACGCGGACCAUCACGGUGGUGGUGCGCAGCGAGUCACAGAACCUCAACCAAGUCGCGCGGUGCACCAUUCAAGUGCAGUCCAUUCAGUUGUUGUCAAACGCGUUGGGUGGUGGACUUGUGCACUCCAGCAUCGGUGACGGUGGCGCCGCGUCUCGUGGCGCUGGCAGCGGCGCAACCCCGGUCUCUGGGGCGACGAACGCGGUUAUCACGGAGUGGGACAACUCCAUGCAGAGCCCGAAGUGGGUCCUGCGCGAGGAUGACACCGCUGCUAGCGCUAUUGCAGCCGGGGCACACUCGGCCGCCGCGACGGCCGCCUUUCUGUCUACCGCCGCCUCCAUGGUUGGCCGCCGCAACUUGAAGCAGGUCCUGGAGGCGCUGCCGGAGCCACCAUAUGCAGUUGUCGACGCUGUUAACGUGAUGCAGCCACUCACGCUGCGGUACCGCUGCAGUGUGCCAGCGUACCAGUGCCAGCUGGUCGACGCGGCCACCGGCGCGGUGACGGACCUGAAAGCGAUUUCUUUCGAACAGACCUACUUGAUGCAGAAGCGGGUGGCGAUCGUGCGGGUGAUCAACACGGGGAGCGUGGGACUGCCUCUGACGUACGACAUCGUGACCUCUGGAGAGGAGGACGAGGCGCUAUCGCGAAUCGCUUCGCAGCAGGAUUUGAAGUCGCCACACGCUCGACGCGGCGACAGUGGGGCCUCGGCAGCUAUUGUGGUAUCGGGGGCUUCUUUUCUUACUCCUUCCGUCGAGGGUGACGCUGGGGCGUUGCACGAGUCGCCUGGAUACACCUCCCCCACCGCCGACUUCGCCGUCGUGCCGGCGCCGACGUCUCGCGCCGCGAGCACCAUACCGGUCGGCACGCACCUCGACCUUCACGUCGAGUUUACUCCUCGUGCCGUCGGCCUUAUCAUGGCGGAGCUGAUCCUGUUGAUGCGACACAGCGACCCGGCAGAAAUGCGCGUGCCGCUGCAAGGCGUGGCAGAGUGCCCGCUCGUCCACUUCAACAUCCCACCCACUACAUACUCGGACACGCGCUCGAUGGCAGGCAUCAGUGGUGCGGCCUACCGGGGCCAGGACACGGUGGUUGUGGAGUUCCUCGCCCGCGGCCUGCACACGAAGGCCACCGUCAAGUUCCCCGUAAUGAACCCGACAGCGACGACGUACAGUUACGAAUGGGUUGAGGAGGGCAUGGGGCGCGGGGCGAACACCAACGGGGGCGCAAGCGGCGGAUCCGUGUCGCCGUUCCGCUGCCUGACACCGAUGGGUACCAUCGCCGCUGGGCGCCAGACUGAGGCGACCUUUGAGUUCUUCGCAGACACCUUGGGUGUGCGGGAGUCGGCCUGGUCCUUCCAGAUCCCUGGCCGUGCCGCGAUUCCGUUUGUGCUGGUCGGCACCGCGACCGAGCCGAACGUGUACUUUCAUGCGAGCAAGGUAUUAUUUGGCCACGUGCAGGUCGGCACCCAGGUGGAGCAGACUGUCGUCUUGGAAAGCUGCGACGACGUUCCCUUCUCCUUCUCGUGGGAUAAGCUUUCGAUGGAGGGAACGUCCUCGUUCUUGUCUGUCAGGCCGCUUCGUGGUACCAUCGCCCCGCACGAGCGGCUCUUGGUUACUGUUACGUUCGCGCCGCAGGACGAGGUGGAGUACAACGUGCCGCUCCGCUGCACAGUAAAGCGGUCGAGCGUGCCGCUCUCGAUCAACGUCAAGGGCGUUGGGGUGAGCGUGCACGAAUCACUGCAGAUGGAGCCGAUCGAGGACGGGGCGGAGCCAACGCGCAUGGUGCGUGGCCAGCCGCUCUUUUUGAACCUCGAUCGCGUGCAGGUGAACUCGACGGUCGAGCGCCGCUUUGCCCUGCGCAACACCGGCGCGUACCCGUUCCAGUACAGCGUCGAGGCACCGGAGAACUCCUCUGUCAGCGUGGAGGGGAUGGAGGGCAAGAUUGCCGCGAAGCAGACUGGGUUGAUUGUCUUUCGAUACCACCCGACGUGCGAGGAGACGCUGAAGCAGUGCCGACUCCUCUUCCGCAUUGAGGGAAAGGUCGCCUACAAGGUCGGCAUCAAGGCCACGGCCUACAUGCCCCGGCUGCAGCUGAGCUUUGACCACUACGAUUUCGGACCUCGAUUCAUUUUGGCGUACAACAACGGAUCGGCGACAGCGGCGUCUGGCGUCGCCAUGACGGUGCUGCAGCUCACGAACCUCGAGUCGGAAGUUGUCUCCGUCGACUGCAGCCUGUCUGCGCAUAACGUGUGGUGUCGCCUCGACAGCACGACGCUUGUGGUGCGUCCCAAGGAGUCGGCGCGGCUGCGACUCACCUUCGUGCCACCGGAGGCCCGCCAGUACAAUGACAACCUGCGCCUGUGCUUCAAUGCUCUUCACACGGUCCUCUUUCCAAUCACCGGCGAGGGUGCAGUCCCGCGCGUCGAGGUGGUGAAUCCGUUUGCGAAGCUUGGCAUCGUCCGUAUCGGCGAAACGCGGCAGAUGGAAGUGAAGCUGAUGUGCCUUAGCAGGAUUCCGACACCGAUAUCGUUUGCGCAGUCCAUCGACGACGACCUCCUCCAAAAGGGUUUCUCGGUUUCUCUGCCGGAAAGGACGCCGGCGGCCACCGCUGCUGCGACUCCACUCUCCAUGAUGCUGAGGCCGAAGGAGAGCACGACGGUGGUGCUGUCGUUCGCGCCAACGCAGCGCAUGGGCGAGUUCAGCAGGGAAGUGAAGAUGCUCGUGUGCGGGGUGGAGGUGCCGUUUUUGUCUGUGAGCGGGUCGUGCGCCGAUGCGGAGGUGCACCUCGACACGUCAGCGCUUUCGUUUCGCGAUGUCGUGGUCGGCGCCUCGGCGUCGCGGCGAGUGUCCAUCCUCAACAGCGGCAACAUCUCGCAAAAGUUCUCGUGGCUGAGCAGCCUGCAGAAGCUGCGGCCGCAGGGCGAGUGGAGCAUCUUCCCGUCCUCCGGCUACGUCAGGGCCCACACGGAGUUGAGCUGUGAGCUGCGGUACACACCGAGCCUGCCGAGCAGAGGCAACGCCAAGGCAGCCGCAGCACCGGCGUCGUCGGCGCCAAUGGAGCAAAUUCUGACUCUGGAGCUGGACAGCUCACCUGGAAUUUCGCUCACAAUCGAGUCGAACUGUGUUACUCGACCAGCGGCGACGGAGACGGUGCACUUUGCGUGCCGCGCACGCGAGACAGACGUCAAGAUGAUCGAGGUGCACAACCCGACAGAGGAAACGUGGACGACGGAGCCUGUGCUGGACAACUCGCUCUGGACAUGCCCGACACAGCUCACUCUAAAGCCGAAGGCGAAGUCGAUGCUGGCCGUUACGUAUCAGCCGGUGCGGCCAACAGCCAGCGUAGCGGCAGCCAACGCAGCAGCGGCAGCGGCCGCCAAAUUCUACAGCGCUUCGAAUGACCUCGCGACCGCCGUGUUGUCAUCGACGGACAAGGCAACCCUCUUCAUCCCUCUUCCCAACGGCACUGGGCAAUGCGUGGCACUGGAGGGCAUCGCCGAGGCGGCUGGGUCGGCCGGCCCGAUGCAGGAGUACGACGGUGUUGUGCAGAUCAGCCUACCUCUGUACUUCCAGAUUCGCAACUGGUCCACGACGGAGAUUGCCCGCUUCCGCCGCGAGGUGGAGUGGAACUCGGUGACGCGGACGGGCGACAACGAAUCGCGCCAGCUGUCUGAGCGGAUUUCUACCCUAAUCCGUGUCGAGGGUGACGAGGUCGGCGAUGGCAGUCGAAAGGGUACCCCGAGCGCGCGCUCCGGACGGUCGGGCAACCGAAUUGGAACAGCGUCGAAGGCUCCCCCGGCGCAGAAUGCCAUUGAGGUUCCUCCCGGCGCCUCUCGAGAAUCGGUGCUCACCGUGACCCCUCUGUGCGAAGGGGUGUACAAGGGCACGGUGCGCUUUGUGCCGGUCGAUAGGCCUAGCGACUCCGCGGCGGCUGACGUUGCGCAGUUCUACGACUUUGUCAUCCGCGUGCGACCUGUGGAGGUGUCGGUGCCGACGACUGUGGAUUUGCAUGCAGCCCUCCGCGAGCUGGCCAGUUUCGCGAUUCCGCUGACAAAUCCACUAUCGAAGCCAGCUGUCUUCAAACUCGAGGUAGGAGCUGCAGACGGCACCGCAUCACCGACAACCACCGCCGCGAGCGCAGCCCCAGAAACGUUCACGUUUCCGCCGUCGGUAACGGUGCCGGCGCACACGCACGCGGAGGCGCUGGUGCAUUUUUUCCCGCUUAUCCCGAAGCCGCCGGCGACGGUGCGGUGCACCGUGACGUCUGCUGAACUAGGCAGCACCACCAUCUACGACUUCCGGCUCUUGAGCACGUGCGAUGUCGCUGCCCCGGAGCGGAUGACUCGACUGGUCUGCCCUCUGGGGCAGCACACGAACUUCGUCUUGCGCUUCAAGCACUAUUCCAAGACAAACACCGAGUUCUCGAUCCGCGUCAGUGGCGAGACGCUGGGAAAAGGUACGGCAGCGUUCACGCGAGUCGGUGCGAGCGGUGGCGGCAGCCAAGUAGCUGUGGUGAAGGUGAACGCCUGCCCGCCGCCGCCAGCCACGUCCGCGUCACUGGUGUCCAAGGGGCAGGAUGUGGCGGUGGAGUUCAGCUACGAGCCCUCUGAGCUCGGUGAGGCGGCUGAGACUAUUGAGUUUGUCUCUCCUGUCGCCGGCACGUACACGUUUCCGAUCGUGGCGAACUGCACACUGCCAGAGCGCCAGGGCCCCUUUGUGGCGCGCUUAGGCCAAAAUGUACAGCUGCCCUUCAAGAACGUCUUCAGCGAUCCGGUCGCUGUCACGGUGACGUCCGACUCGCCGUUCUUUGUGCCGUCGCGCAAGACGGAGACGAUCGCGGCACACAAGACGGCGAACGUGACCGUACACUGCAAGCCGGAGGAUGGUGUCGAGGUGAUUCGAGGUCGAGUCACCAUCACAUGUGUGCCGCCUGGCAAGCCGGCGCAAAAUCAGACGCAGCAACCGAUACAGUGGGUGUACUACGUCGAGGCAGUCAACGCGAGUGACCGAGGCAGCUCUGUGAAGCAGUCCAAGGCCAAGAAAUGA